AUGAAGGCUUACAUUGAGUCAUUUUGGAAUUCUGCUUCCUUCAAUACCGAGACUUCAUAUCUGCAUUUCCCUACGUUCCGAGAAGAACUUAGUGCUGACAUCUCUUUCUUUUUUAAGACAACGGCUUCUUCUGGGGUGUUCAUAGAGAACUUGGGGAUCACAGACUUCAUCAGGCUCGAGCUGCGCGCUCCUGCAGAAGUGACCUUUUCCUUUGAUGUGGGGAAUGGGCCUUGUGAGGUCACGGUGCAAUCUCCCACACCCUUUAAUGACAAUCGGUGGCACCACGUGAGGGCUGAGAGGAACAUCAAAGAAGCGUUGCUUCAAGUGGAUCAGCUCCCUAGUAAGACCCAGCCUGGGCCUGCUGAUGGGCACACCCGCUUACAGCUCAACAGCCAGCUCUUCGUGGGUGGGACGGCAGUCAGACAGAGAGGCUUCCUGGGAUGCAUCCGGGCCCUGCAGCUGAAUGGGCUGGCCUUGGAUCUAGAAGAAAGAGCCACGAUGACGCCCGGAGUGGAGCCAGGGUGCCCAGGACACUGCAGCAGCUACGGACACUUGUGUCGCAAUGGAGGGAGCUGUAGAGAGAAACACAGGGGUGUUUCUUGUGACUGUGCCUUCUCUGCCUAUGAUGGGCCGUUCUGCGAGAAUGAGUUUUCUGCAUAUUUUGGAAGUGGCUCAUCAGUUACCUACAAUUUUAAAGAACAUUACAAUUACACCUUCAGUAAGAACUCCAGCUCCUUUGUGGCCUUGUUUCACGAGGACCUGACACUGACCAGGGAAACGACCACGCUGAGCUUCCGGACGACAGGGACGCCCAGCUUACUGCUCUACGUGAGCUCCUUUCAGGAGGAGUACCUGUCCGUUAUUCUCGCCCCUAAUGGAAGUUUGCAGAUCAGGUACAAACUAGAUAGACACCAAGAACCCGAUGUUUUCAACUUUGGUGUCAAAAGCCUGGCUGACGGUCAGCUUCACCGGGUGAUAAUUGACAGAGAGGCAGCAGUGGUCUCUGUAGAGGUUAACCAGAAUGCAAGGAAAAAAGUCAUCCUGUUGUCGGGGACAGAAUUCAAUGCCGUCAAAUCCCUUACAUUGGGGACAAUUUUAGAGCACCCUGCUGUGGACCCGGACACCCUGCGAGCUGGCGCGCGUGGCUUCACCGGCUGCCUCUCCGCGGUGCGCUUCGGCCCCACCACCCCGCUUAAGGCGGCGCUGCGCCCGGGCGCCCCAGCCCCAGUCAUCGUCAGGGGACAGGUGGCCGUGGCCAGCUGCGCCCAGGGGGCGGGGCCUGGAGACCCCGUGCGGGAGGCCACCCGCACACUCGCAGGUGGUGCAGGUCGUUCUGAACCAACAGAUGAGGGAGAGCCCUUCGUCAAUGCGGACAGAAGUGGCUCCACAGUCAUUGGAGGUGUGAUAGCAGUUGUGAUAUUUAUCUUGCUCUGCACCACUGCCAUAGCAAUACGCGUAUAUCAACAGAGAUGGUUAUACCAAAAAAAUGAGUCAAAUAUUCCAGAAAAUGGAGACAAUGCUGAGACUGCUCUGAAACAUGAACUCAACAUGCAAAGUAUAGUCAGUGAAAGCCAGAAAGAGUCUUUCUUCUGAUCGGCAGCAGUGGUUUUACUCAUGGCUGUGAUGAUGUGACUUUCUUGUUAAGCCAGGAGCUCUCAGUGGGUGAAGCCCCCAUCUUGUCCUCCUGGGACAGGUGGUGGGGGUGCCACGCCCUCAGCUUACUCACGCCCGGUCCCAGGAGGCUCUGCUCAGUGCUUCUUCAUGAUCUACUGAUGUAAAAUGACUUAGGUGCGCUCAUUAAUCACUGUUUGGUGGUAUCUGUUAUGACCUGAUCUUCUACAACUGAAAUGUAUUUUGCAUAAAGACCUUGGGUUUUAAGUAAGAAUAAGGACUUGAGCUGUGGCCCUACUCUCUUAAAAAUGUGACACAGACGUUAUAAAAGUCAAAGUUGGACUGUAAUGUUUUGUGUUAUGUGGAAACCUAUGUUAUGAUUCCUUUAUCAACCACCUGAUGACAUUUGUAAACCAGGAAGUUCUUGUCAGAUGUCCUUCAGCUGCAUUUCUAUUGCCCAGUGAGUAAAAAUGCAUUUGAAAUGGGGGGGGGGGGGGGGGAAUUUAUUUUUUUGGCUGAUUGUUUUUAUUAUUCAUCUCUUAAAUCAGUAUGGAUACAUUUUAGUAAUGAAAUGAGUAUUGAAUGUAGGCUCUGAAAUUCUACUAUUGAGUUUAGUUAUUAGACAGAAAAUUCCUAGGUAGCAAAUGUGUAAAGCAUUCCAAUCAAUAUGCUAUGAUUUGCUUAUUUUUCUUUGUGAUUUGUCAUUGUAGUCUUUGUAGAUUAUAAUAAUAAUCACCUAAUGAUCUCACAAAAAUGUGCAUUUUCUAACUAGACUUGUUCCCAUAUAGAAACUCUAUACUUAAUACUGCACAGGUAUCCUUCAUUCAUUUCAUCUGAAUGAAAUAUAAUCCUAAAUUUAUUUCCUAUAAAUGUGAAAUGAUUGGGUCACCUUUCUUUGUUGUCCCGUGAUUCCCUUUUCCUGAAGGUCAUCACAACAAUCUUGAUUUCUUGUGACUGUCUUUUAUUUAUUAGGGGAAAAGUCACAUUUUGACUUGAAGCUCUCCAUUUCCCUUUCAAAUUUUUAACUGAUUGGGCAAACCAUUCCCUGAAUUACCAUCUCAUCUAGUUACUAUUUGGAAUCUUACUAGAAGGAUGAUUAAGCUAAGGGAGAUGCAGAUUGUAUUAUCUGAAUUAAAUCUGUAAUAUCAUUGUAGUUGGGAUUCUAGGAUCUUGGAGUCAGUUUCCAAUAGAGCAUCUAACAUCAGCUAGUUCAUUUCAUAGUAGAGUAUAUUUGCAUACUAGGAGAGCAAAGAGUUCAUAUAACUUUGGGAAUUGUUUCAUAGCCAAUUAUAAUAAAAAUGUGCUGCACUACCCAUACCCCACCUGCCAUAUGCCUGCCAGGUGUUAGUGUACUUACUUUGACUGCCACAGGAUUAUUAGAACUAUGUACCUUCAGCCUUUCUAUUUCUUUGAGUGCAUACUUACUUUAAUGUGUUCUUUUCAAAGAAUGGAAAAAGAUAUCCUCUGCAUUGCCUUUUUUCAAAAAUGUUUUUUCUUUUGGUUAUACUCGUAAAGACUUGAACAAGCAGGCUGAGAUCAUAUGGACUACCUUAAAGUCUAUCUACACAAUACUGAAUCUAAAUUGAUGUUCCUUUACAUGAAUAAUGGUUUUCACGAUCUCAAUAUAAUAAUAUAGGAAGGACUUACCUUGGUAAAUGAUAUAUAUACUUUUCCCCCAAACAUCUGUGCAGAUUAGAGAAGGAUUCAAUGCAAAAAUGAUAGGCUUUGUUGAAUGCAUAGCUUAGCAUAAGCAUCAUGAAACUACUGCCACUUUAACAAGUGAUCAUCUUAUGUUCUAAAAGAAUGCAUCACUUCGGUAGCUGAAAUUUUACAGAGUUAUAGAUAGUGAAACCCAUUGCACUCUGCUGUCUUCUAUAAAGAGAAAAUAAAAUACCUGUACAAAAUUGCAGUGCUGCAUCAUUUACUUUCCCUUACUGAUUUGUAAACUUUACCUGUUUAUUCGUUAAUAAAAUAACAUUUUUGAAUUAAAUUAGGAAAACAUUUUUGAGAAGAGUUGAAUAAAAUUUGAAUUAUGAAAUUAUAUUGUUUUCCCCUAAAAUAUUAAAAAAUGUGCAAAUGUAUACAUUCUGUAGUGGUGUGUAUUACUUUCUCUCAACUGUAUGUACGAGUUCUGACAAUUAAGUUUGCAAACUUGUUGCAAUGAUGUUGCUAACCUUUU